UCAUGUUUUAUCAGAACUUUUGAUAAUAUUUCAAUUGCUUUGAUUUCAAACGAUAACGAUUUUUAAGUUUCCUAUAAAUACUAAUAUAAACCCACUCGAGACAAGCAUUCAUACACCUUUGAUCAAUCAUGAAAGUUGCAGGUUUAUUAUUUUUGGCUGUGGCCACACUGGCCCAACGCGACAAUCCCUGUCCACCAGAGCAAGCCGUUGAUUGGACAAUUGAGAAAUUGUUCGCCCACGAAGAUUGCAAUAAGUACUACCAGUGCACACACGGUUAUCCCGUUGAAAGAAUCUGCCCAGAAAGUCUCCACUUCAACGAGCGCGAAUCGAUAUGUGACUGGCCAGCUAACUCAAACUGCCAACCGAACACCCCACCAGAAACAGAAACCGAUGAACCAGAGUUAGCAUACCAAUCAAUAGUCAAUCAUGCAUCAAUCCAGAACCUAUCAGACGAACCGGAAAUUGUUGACGGGGAUGUAACAGAAGUAGAAGUCCUGCCAACAGAGAAGCCAGGCAUUGAGUUUCUGGAGAAUGGGUGCCCAGUAGAUCCCUUUAUUCAUUGGCUUGUGUCUGAACCAGAAAACUGCGGCGUUUUCUACGCUUGCGUAUGGGGCAACAGAGUUGCAAGGUCAUGCCCUCCUAAUCUUCACUUCGACAAAGAACAACAGGUAUGCAACUGGCCUGUUUUCGCUGGAUGCCAAGGAAACGCAGAUGGUAAAGCGGAAUAAGACAGAAAAAAUACCUUCUAUUUAAAUGCUUUAAUUAUUGCUUUAGACUCCGAAGUUUUAAUAAUAUAAUUGUACAACAUAUAUCUUUAUAAUCACAAGAAAUUAUUUGAUUAACCUACCUACAACUAGACGUUUUUAGAUUAUUCUUAAUAAAUAUGAAUUGAACUUGAAA